CUUGACUCCCCUUCCUGCUCAAUCUGUCCUUCCUCUCAGUGGAUGAUCCAGGAGCCGCACAAAGUGGCCACCUUCUUCGGCUGCAUUGGGAAGGAUAAGUUUGGGAAGAUCCUUAAGGAGAAGGCAGAGGAGGCCCACGUGGACGCCCACUACUACGAGCAAAGCCAAGAGCCCACAGGGACCUGCGCUGCCUGCAUCACUGGCGACAACAGGUCUCUUGUUGCGAAUCUUGCAGCCGCUAACUGCUACAAGAAGGAGAAGCACCUCGAUCUGGAGGAGAACUGGAAACUUGUUGAGAAAGCCCAAAUUUACUACAUCGCUGGGUUUUUCCUGACCGUAUCCUUGGAGUCGAUCCUGAAGGUAGCCAAACACGCUUCUGAAAACAACAGGAUCUUCUGCUUAAAUCUGUCAGCUCCAUUCAUCUGUGAGUUCUUCAAGGAGGCCCUGAUGAAGGUUAUGCCCUAUGUGGACAUCCUCUUUGGCAACGAGACGGUGAGUAUGUUUAUGUGGACACAUAAAAGUACAUGUGAAAGAGCUACGUGUUUACUAACAUGUUUAGUUGCUUGUCUCAUCAUUUAAGACUUAUCUGUCGUUA